GCUUUUGCAAAAGAAGGAGCCAAAGUCAUAGCCACGGACAUCAAUGAGUCCAAACUCCAGGAGCUGGAAAAUUACCCAGGUAUUCAAACUCGAGUCCUCGAUGUCACAAAGAAGAAGCAAAUUGAUCAGUUUGCCUCAGAAGUUGAAAGAAUUGAUGUUCUCUUUAAUGUUGCUGGGAACAGUUGAUACCCCGUCUCUGCAAGAAAGAAUUCAAGCCAGAGAUGAUCCCAAAGGGGCUCUGCAAGCUUUCCUAAACAGACAGAAGACGGGAAGGUUUGCAUCUGCAGAAGAGGUGGCCCUGCUCUGUGUGUACUUGGCCUCGGAUGAAUCUGCCUAUGUGACGGGCAACCCUGUCAUCAUUGAUGGAGGCUGGAGCCUGUGACUGCAGGAACUCCUUGCAGAGAAGGCAGGCUCUUCUUACUCACAGAGAAGAAUAAAAAUCGGACUCAAUGAUUAUCUCUCCUAGGGUGACAGUCAUGAAAACAGACCCCUUUAAUGAUUGUCUGCAAAAGUGGGGAUCUUUAAAUAGACUCUUAUCUCUUCUGAAACGAUGGUAAAUAAAUCAAAUAAAAUGGAUAAAUCAAAUAGA